UGAAACCAGUUCACUCUGAUGACGUCACUCGCAGAGUUGUCAUGGCGUCUUUGGGACUGAAGCUGCUGCUGCAAUUUAGCUAAAAUCUGUCGACAGUCUGUAUAUCGAAAUGGAGAAAAAUGCAGCUCUGCAUCGAGACACUGACGGGAGCUCUUUGUGUGCCACGAUUGGGGGAGAGAUGGGCGAUGUUACGGCUGUCGGUGGAGUGAAAGGGACAGCCGAGAAAUGCAAGAAUAGUGAGGCUUCUCUUAGUACUUUGGUCAACGUUAGUUGUUACAACAGCACCACAAAUGAUAGUGCUCCCAUCGCCGUUAAUGUCAUCUCCAGUGCUGGAAAGUCUGAGGUGCCCGAAGUGAUCGAAGUUCUCUCCGUGCAGGAGGAUAGGAAGGACACCGCGGCCAGCGGAUCGUGGUCGGAGUCCGGGGAUCAGAUCAGUAACGGGAUGGGGCAUGACUCGGUGCUGGCUGCACAAGAUAGCGAGGGUGGUGCCUCAAAGUUAGUAAACAACAAAACCGACGGCCCGUCCUCACCUCCCGCUGAGGAGAGCACAGAUGUGCAGGUUGAGGUUUUGGCUUGUGCUGAAAAGGAACCGGCAAAACUUGCCAAACCGACUCAUCUGUGCCCGGACAAUGCUAUCACAGAAAAGUCGGGGCUGUCCGGUGAUCAUACCUUAUCGGAGGGAUUGCCGAGUGGGAGUGACCCUGAUCCCAGCCUCGGUGGAGAGUCUCGAAGCAUAGAUUCACUCGAGUCCUUCUCCAAUCUCAACUCCUGCCCCAGCUCCGACCUGAACAGCGAGGGGCCUGAGGACAGAGGACUGGCCCUGGCCUUGCAGAGUGAGUACGGGGCUGAUGGGACAAAGACUUCGUGCGCUAAGGACCGGGCCGCUGGCCAGUCCAUAUACCACAUUAAGUGGAUCAAGUGGAGGGAGGAGAAUACUCCGAUCAUCACCCAGAACGAGAACGGCCCCUGUCCAUUACUGGCAAUUAUGAAUGUCCUUCUGCUUGCCUGGAAGGUUAAGAUGCCACCUAUGAUGGAGAUUAUAACUGCUGAGCAACUAAUGGAGUAUCUCGGAGACUACAUUCUGGAAACCAAGCCGAAAGAGAUAUCAGAAGCUCAGCGGCUAAACUAUGAGCAGAACAUGAGCGAUGCCAUGGCAGUGUUGCACAAGCUGCAGACAGGCCUGGACGUGAAUGUGAAGUUCACGGGGGUGCGAGUCUUCGAGUACACCCCAGAAUGCAUCGUGUUUGAUCUGCUGGACAUCCCUCUCUACCACGGCUGGCUGGUUGACCCACAGAUGCAUGACAUUGUCAAGGCUGUGGGCAACUGCAGUUACAACCAGCUGGUAGAGAAGAUAAUAUCCUGCAAACAGUCGGACAACAGCGAGCAGGCAGGGGAAGGUAUCGUAGCAGAGCAGUUCCUGAACAACACCGCCACUCAGCUGACGUACCACGGCUUAUGUGAGCUCACAUCCACUGUACAGGAGGGAGAGCUCUGCGUCUUCUUCAGGAAUAACCACUUCAGCACUAUGAUCAAAUACAAGGGCCAGCUGUACCUCCUGGUUACAGACCAAGGUUUCCUGACAGAGGAGAAGGUCGUCUGGGAGAGUCUGCACAAUGUCGACGGAGAUGGAAAUUUUUGUGAUUCAGAGUUCCGGUUGCGGCCUCCUUCUGAUCCCGAGACUGUGUACCGAGGCCAGCAGGAUCAGAUAGACCAGGACUAUUUGAUGGCUCUGUCACUGCAGCAAGAGCAGCAAAGCCAGGACCUACAGUGGGAGCAACUCCCCGAGGGCAUCAGCGACCUGGAGCUGGCAAAAAAGCUUCAGGAGGAGGAGGACCGACGAGCCUCCCAGUACUACCAGGAGCAAGAGCAGGAGCAGGCGGCGGUGGCGGCUGCAGCGGCGGCAGCAGCACAAGCACAGCAGGGCCAGCAGGAGCCUUCCGAGGGAGAUGAGGCAGACAGAGUAGGUGCAGGAGCGGGCAGAGCAGCCGCCGGUGCUGGGAUGGCGGCAGCAGCUGCAGCUUCGGCCAGCCCGGGAAAACAGUCCUCCAGCGGGGACCGAAAAGCCAAGAAAGAAUCGAAGGAUAAGGACAAAUGUGUUAUUUUGUAACAUACAGAGUGUUUGUGUGAGUGUGCGUGUUUUGUGCAUCUGCUUAUCUGUGACAAAGGGGUCAGCAUUUGUUUCUCUACGGACUGGACACAAUGCGCAGCCCCCACUGGACAACAAACAAGGGAAGGAGAUGUUACAGGAGAGGCUCGACAAGGCCAACAGAGGAUUUGCUGUUCCCAAACCACUGGUGCCUGCUAUCCUCUAUCCUCAGUGGAACCUGGACAUCAGAGGCAGGGACACUGCAACGACAACUACCCCGUAUCUUUCAUAGAAUUGGCCAAACUUUGUUACAAGUUGCACAGUGCACUAUAUUUGUGAUGUGGGUUUAUUUGGGGUGGUGUGUUUUAUAGCAAAAGACAUAAUCCGAAGAAACAAACUGUCACUUUCUCAUCGUGUACCAUUAGGUUUAUUCUUUUUUUUUCGUUAUUGCAACUUCUAAGCUUUUUUUGGACCUCUCAACAUUUACAAAACGUAUAUAAACAGACCUGCCCGUUCAGUUUUAGUUGAGUUCUUUUUUUUUUUUUUUUUUUUUUAGAUGCCAAAAUUCACAUUUUAUUUAUGUAUGUGUGUAACAAGUAGCUUUUGGGACAGAUUUUAUUUUUGUUGUGUAAGCUGAGAGGAAUUUUCUCAUAAUAUUGCCUGUUAGAAAUCAAUGUAACACUAUUUGUGUCCCUUCCGAAACACUAUGUAUCCAAGGGUAAAUUAAUGCCAGAUAGCUGCCAGAUACUGUAGCUACCUAACGAUAUUCAUCACGGCUUGUCCUGUUCAGAUUUGCCUUACCAGAGUAUGGCAGUUUUGUAUUCUGCUGUUUGAAUGUGAAUGUGUGUUUGUUUUCACGUGUAUGGUAUGUACAGUAUACGUGUGCUACGUGGCAUAAUGACGUGUGACAUACAUGUCUCAUUUACUGAGCAUUGCUGGUGUAACGAGUUUCAAUUUGAAAACAGCCAAAAGUUUUACGCUGUAUUAAUUAAGAUACAGAUUGGG